AUGGCGGAACCCGUGGAGAGUGUUGAGAUCGCUCCCCCCGAACGCAUGCCCCGGCCACAGACCCUGCCACUCGCCGACGAGUGGACGGACCCGGACGUCUACGUCGACGCCCUGUUGUCCUUUGCGACCUCCUCCGACCUGUUCAGGCACCUUUGCGGCGGCGUGCAUAUACUCGAUUUCCUGACCCGCGAGCCUGACCUCUACGACUCGCUGUUGCCGGCUGAAUGGCGGGCCUUCUUCGACAAACACGAUGUCCAGGAUAUCCUUGAUCUGCUCCUGAGGGAAGACAUCGCGCCUCUACUACAACAAAAGCAAGGCGCGGGAGAAGCUGGACAAAAUGAGGGAGCGACGUGGCCAGACGCACCAACCAGCCUCCUCGAGUACAUCCAGCAGAUCCGGCGUUUCAGCUUGAAGAGAGACUUUCACCCGCCGGGGCAGAAGACCCCGACGAUACCCCGGCAUAUCGCUACCGGGAUGAAUGUCAAAAAGUACCAUGAGGUUGCGCAUUUUUCCCGAUACGUCGACGAGCUGUGUAAGACCGUGGACGAACAACGCGGCGAAGCGAUCACGCAUGUGGUGGAUUUCGGCUCCGGACAGAGCUACCUGGGCCGCACUCUUGCGAGUCCUCCCUACAACAGACAUAUUGUCGCCAUUGAACGGACUCAUCAGUUUAUCAAUGGCGCAAAAGGAAUGGAUAUCUCGGCCAAGUUGACUGAGAAGAAGGUCGUCAAUAUGUACAACAAGCGAGCGCUGACAGGGAGGAUAAGACCGAAGAAUCUCCCAAAUGCCCCUGCGGAGACAGAGACUCCCCAAGAGUCUGCAGAAGAACCACAAAACAACCAGCCGCCGGAGGGACAGGAAGAUGGCGAAGAUCUCACGAUGAUCAACGUGUUCCGCGAUAUCAGUCUCAUGCCCGGGGAGAUUGGCGAAGCCCGCCAUUAUAAUACCAAGAAAGUAAAGCCCGCCGAGGAAGACGAUGCGAACAAGCCUAGAGGUGCCAUGGAAUACAUCGAACAUGAGAUCAAGGACGGAUAUCUAGAGCCGAUCAUCAAAGAUGUGAUCGAAAGCCCCCCUGCCGGAUCCGAACAGGAUAGUCCUGCAAAGAAACACGAGGACGCAAGGGUCAUGGUUGUGUCACUGCAUUCCUGCGGCAAUCUCCUCCACCACGGUGUCCGAUCAUUAACGCUCAACCCAUCCGUCAAGGCCAUCGCCAUGAUCGGCUGCUGCUACAACCUCGUCACGGAAAGACUGGGCCCUGCGACGUGGAAGCUCCCCAUUAUGCGCACCUCACACCCGCGCCUAAUCAGAGACGCCGUUGCGUACGACCCACAUGGAUUCCCAAUGUCGAAGCGCAUGGAAGAUUUUGAGCACGACAGCGGAAAGGGGGUGAGAAUCAACAUCACCGCGCGAUCGAUGUCUCUCCAGGCGCCGUACAACUGGGACCGCGAGAGCAGCGAAAACUUCUUCACCCGUCACUUCUACCGCACGCUUCUGCAGCGCAUGUUGAUGGAUCGUGGCGUCAUCCAGAAGCCCUCCAUCCCGACGGAUCUAUACUCCGCCGAUUCAACCACGUCCCACAGGGCGGAAAAUGCGCUGGUUGUUGGAUCGCUCCGAAAAACCGCCUUCGUUUCCUUCCCUGCGUACGCUCGCGCCGCUGUGGUGAAGUUAGGCCGUGAUCCAGUAUUUGGUGAAACCGUCAAGGCCAAGAUGGCGGACGUCGACGACGAAGAAUUGGAUCGCUAUGUAGCCAAGUACUGGCACCGGAAGAAACACCUCAGCGUCCUGUGGAGCUUGAUGUCCUUCAGCGCUUCUAUCAUCGAGGCCAUUAUCGUCGUGGAUCGGUGGCAGUUCCUCCGGGAGCAUGACGAUAUCAAAGACUGCUGGGUUGAGCCGGUGUUUGACUACUCGGAAAGCCCGCGGAACCUGGCUGUCAUUGGCAUCAAGAAGUGA